AUGCUCUCAGAAGAGCUGCGCCGCCUCAAGCGAGUCAUCAAGGACUGGGAGUACAGCUUCUUUGCAGAGCAUGAGCGUACACCCAGUGUUGCUGACAUCCGCGCCAAUAGGGCCAUGGCGGACAAGUACAAGAUGUACAAGAGACUCAAGCGCAAGCUGGAGCCCAGAAGGGACAAGAAUCGUGCGGCAGAGCCUUCGCUUGCCCUCCAGCCGUCAACGGCGCCGCUGCCUAUGAAUGGCUCGCCGAGAAAGUCGGCCCUCGCUCCGCUGGCUGCAUCGCUGGCUGCGUCGCGGGCAAGGACCCUGGCUCCGCAGCCAGAGAUUCCCCAGCCGCAUCGGGUCCGAGCCGCCAUCGAGUCCGAGGCUGGGCCUGAGCCAGGGCCUGAGCCACUGCCUGAGCUCGAACUCGCUGGUCCUGCUCAUCCGCCGCUCGCCUCACCUGUUCCGCGCCCAGCCUCGUGUCUCGCGGCGCCCGAGCCCAACAGCGUCCAGUUGCCGCCGCCAUCGGUCAUGGUCCCGCGGCCAGAGUCUGCUCCAUUCACCAUCAUCCGGACCACGCGCUCGUUGUCGGCGUCGUCGUGGGACUCGGGCUCGCUGUUGGCACGCUCGCGAUCACGCGAUUCACUCUCGGCCUUUGCCGUCGGCCUCGGCGACUCGAAGACUGAAAGGAGUACAGCGGCGACAGCUCCCGGAGCUGCGCUCUCGCGGCCGCCGUCGACGGUACCGCUCAAGUCGCUUGCAGAGUCGCUCCGCGAUGUCACCGAGCGGCGCAACAAUCCCGAGGCAGCGUCGCCGGGCAUGGACUCGGCGCUCUUUGAGUACGACUCGAUCCAGCUCAUGUAUGCAGCUGGUGGUGCGCAUGUAAGCGCUGGCUCUGCUCCCAGCAGCCGCCACUAUGGCCGCGAGGGUCGCAAGCGCAAUGCCAGGUCGCGCGGCCUGCGUCGCGCUCGCGAGCUGCGCGGUGCCAAAGCUAAGGCUCCGGCCAAGAAGGCCAAAGCUUCGGGCAAGUCCAAGGCCCAGCCAACUCCUGCGGUGGCCAGCCGACAGGCUUCCGACUCUGAAUCGGCAUCGACGGCCUCUGUUGGCGUCGCCGACAUGGAGUGCUCAGCGUCCUCGGACGCAGUGCCAGGUCUGCCGGUCGCUGAGGCUGCGCCAGUGGCGGGUGUCCCCGUCCGACGCCCGAUUGUGCCGCGUCCGUCGUCACGGGUUGGCCGCAUGCGCAAUAAGAUGGGCCAGGACGUCGGAGAGGCCGCUGAGGCCGCCGGCGUCGCCAAGACCGCUGCAUCUCCCCCGGCCAAAGCGACCAAGUCCAAGUCCAAGCCCAAGCUCAAGCCCAAGCCCAAAUCGGUGGCUGCUUCGUCGUCGGCGAACCAGCGCAAACGCAAGCGGUCUGCAGCACGCCGCGCCAAUGGCGAUGACGACGACGACGUGUAUGCGCCGCAAGCCAAGCGCAAGUCAGGCUUUGCCAAGGUCCGCAAGGACAUCUCCAAGCCGACCGGGCCCAAAUCGGUUUCCAGCAACUUUGUGGCGAUGAAGCUGAACAAGCCCGGCGAGCGGCGCGGCGUGCGCAAGGCGCGCGGCCGUGGCGUGAGCAAGGCGCGGACGGCACAGGCUGUGGCCGAAGCCGCCUCGGCGGCACUCGGCGGCGACGACGCCAUGCAGGCAUUCGACUCGGCCGUCGCCGAUGCGAUCGGCAACCUCGACUCGGUGGUGGACGAAGACGCUGACGCCGAGACCAGCACUGAUGCCAGCACCAGGGGAGCACCGUCUACGUCUACGGCCGCGACCCAAGUUGUGCGCGGGCCGGCGGCGUUCCACGACGACGACAGCCAUCCGUAUGCGGGUGGCAUGACGGCGCGCGCACGCGGCGUAGUCGCUGGUUUCCGUGCCGGGCAGCUGAGCCUGGAAGACGUGGCGACGAGCCUGUUUGGCUUUGAGGGUUUCCGGCCGGGCCAGCGCGAAGCGGUCGAACGGGUUCUUGGCGGAAAGUCGACGCUUGUUGUCCUGCCGACGGGCUCGGGCAAGUCUAGCAUCUACCAGCUGCCGGCGUUCCUAGUGGACGGCGUGGUGCUUGUGGUCACGCCGCUGGUGUCGCUCAUGGCGGACCAGCUGAGCAACUUGCCGCCGGACCUCAUUGGGGCGACCAUCAACUCGACGCAGUCGUAUGAGAUGCGCAAGACGAUCGAGGCCGAGCUGAAGGCCGGGCGGAUCUCGAUCCUCUUUGUCUCGCCGGAGCUGCUGGAGACCAAGCGGUUCCGCAAAGUUCUCGCCGAGAUAUCUGUGGCGUUUGUGGCCAUCGACGAGGCGCACUGCGUCUCCGAGUGGUCACACAACUUCCGCCCAGCGUACCUGCGUCUGCAUCAGACGCUCGCCAGUGAGUUUGGAGUGACAACGUUCCUCGGCCUGACCGCAACGGCGACGGCGGCAACGGUCGACGCCAUUGUUGACUCGCUCAGCCUGGAUCGCAACGGCGACCCCGGGUGCGUGAUCUCGAGCGGGCGGGUGCCUUCCAAUCUCCAGCUCUCGGCGUCGGUCUCGGUCAUGCAGGACCUGUCGCGCGUCGACGAGCUCGCGGCGCUGCUCAAGACCGAGCCGUUUGCGGGCCUCGACUCGAUCAUUGUGUACUGUGGGAAGCGGCGGACGACUGAAGAGGUUGCGGCGCGGCUCAACUCGGACUCGAUCUCUGCCGAAUGCUACCAUGCCGGCAUGGAGGCCAAGGCGCGAGCGCGUGUCCAGCGCGCAUUCAUGCUCGGGCGGGUGCGGAUUAUGGUGGCCACGGUGGCCUUUGGCAUGGGCGUCAACAAGGCCGACGUCCGCGCCAUCAUCCACUACAACAUGCCGCGGUCGAUCGAGAACUACGUGCAGGAGAUUGGACGCGGCGGGCGCGAUGGCAAGCCGUGCUACUGCCACGUCUUUCUCCACGACUCGGACUACAUCAUGUCGCGCUCGUUUGCUUAUGCCGACUCGGUCGAUCCAUACUCGCUGCGCGCGCUGCUGCGCCACUUGUUUGGCCUCACGCGCUCGGGCAAGCCGACAGCUGGCGCAGGACGGGGCCCUGCCACCAAGCUGGUCUCCCUCAAGGAUCUGCCGCGCGAGAUGGACGUCAAGUCGGGUGUCAUUGCCACUGUCCUGGCGUACCUCUCGCUGCCUGCGCCGUGCGGAGUGGCGCCGCGCCCGCUCAUCGCCCUCGAGCCUGGCUGCCACAAGUCGGCCAAGGUGUGGAUCAAGGGCAACGUGAAGCGGUCGAGCCUGGCCGCAGCGUCGACGCGGCAAGCAGUGCGCAAGGCCCACGCCCCUGGUGCGAUGACCAACGCCUUUCUCGACGAGCUCAAUGGCGAGGUAGAUGCGGUGACGGCGGCGUCUCUGGUCGACGCGAGCUCCGGUGAGUCGAAACACGCCCCGCUCAUCCGGGCCAUUCUCGGACGCGACACGGCUGACAGCUCCAAGUGGGUGUACAACGUUGACCUGGAGCAGAUCGCAAGCUCGCUCGGGCGCGAGCCGACUGAGGUCUCGGGCAUGCUUUUUGCGGCGUCGAUGUCGCGGCAGCUCAAGUAUGAGCUGAGCGACUGGUGCUCAGCGUACCGAGUGCUGGAAACGCCAACAGACGUGGCGGCACUGGCGGGCGACCUGGCAGCGAUGUUGGCGCGGCUGGAGGCGGCGCAGCUGAACCAACUCAACGCCAUCCGACGCGCGCUGGAGACGUUUGUGGCCGACUCGGACGAGGCGGCGCUGCGGACGACCAUGACGCAGUACUUUGCCUCGCGGCAGAAGCCUUCGACGAACGCAGGUGUGCUCCUCCCGCGGCUGCAACUCGAGCAGCGGAAGGAUUCUGCACACGUCCGCGCCGACAUCAAGGUCUUUCUCCGCACGCUGGAUGGGCCGAUCUCAGCCCGGGCCGUGGCGCGCAUCCUGCACGGCAUUCCGUCGCCGGCGUAUCCGGUCUACGAGUGGUCGAACAACCACUUUUGGGGCCGGCACAUUAACGUCGAGUUCAGCGAGCUGAUGAAGGCCGCACGGGCGGUGAUCCGCGACAUGCUGGCCGACUAGGCUGAGGGAGUUAAAGAGCAGAUAUGUCCA